AUGUCACAGGCUGCCCAUGUUCAGGAGCUCUUCCAUGAGGAAGCCCAUCAGGGUUCCCUGGCUCAGCCCCAGCCGUGGUGGAAGAUCCAACUGUUCGUUUGGGAGCCGGUGCUUUUUGGGACGUGGGAUGGAGUGUUCACAUCCUGCAUGAUCAAUAUUUUUGGUGUUGUCCUUUUCCUGAGGACCGGCUGGCUGGUGGGGAACACCGGGGUGGUCAUGGGCAUGAUCUUGGUCUCCUUUGUCAUCCUCGUUGCCCUGGUGACUGUCCUGUCUGGCAUCGGUGUUGGGGAGCGGUGUAGCGUUGGCAGUGGCGGUGUCUACUCCAUGAUUUCUUCUGUCCUAGGGGGGCAGCUCGGAGGCACUUUUGGCCUGCUGUACGUGUUUGGGCAGUGUGUUGCAGGGGCCAUGUACAUCACCGGCUUUGCGGAAUCGAUCUCGGAUCUGCUGGGCCUCAGGACUAUCUGGACGGUGAGAAGCAUCUCCCUUGCUGUACUUGUGGGGCUGCUGGGCAUUAACCUUGCUGGAGUUAAAUGGAUAGUCCGCCUCCAACUGCUGCUGCUCUUCUUGUUGGCUGUCUCCACGCUGGAUUUUGUAGUAGGCUCCUUCACGCACCUGGACCCAGACCAUGGUUUUGUGGGCUAUAGCCCAGAACUGCUACAAAACAACACACUGCCAGACUACAGUCCUGGGGAGUCCUUCUUCACCGUAUUUGGGGUUUUCUUUCCUGCAGCUACAGGAGUCAUGGCUGGCUUCAACAUGGCUGGUGACCUCAGAGAGCCCGAAUCCAACAUCCCACUUGGCUCCCUGGCAGCAGUUGGCAUCUCGUGGUUUUUCUAUAUCAUCUUUGUCUUUCUGCUGGGUGCCAUCUGCACCAGGGAGUCGCUUCGAUAUGACUUCAUGAUAGCAGAAAAGGUGUCCUUAGUGGGCUUCCUAUUCCUCUUGGGGCUAUAUAUCUCAUCACUGGCAUCCUGUAUGGGGGGUCUGUAUGGAGCCCCCCGAAUACUACAAUGCAUUGCUCAGGAGAAAGUGGUCCCAGCGCUGACAUUUCUGGGGCAUGGGAGAGGACCCAAUAAGACCCCUGUGGCUGCCAUUUGCCUAACCAGCCUGUUGACCAUGGCCUUCAUCUUUGUGGGUCAAGUGAAUGUCUUGGCUCCUAUUGUCACCAUCAACUUCAUGUUAACUUAUAUUGCCAUAGACUACUCUUUCUUCUCCUUGUAUAUGAGUCAUUGCAACCUCAACCAGAAGCUUGAGAGGGGAAGAAGGGAAGACUUUAGGACUUCUGAUAGCUCUGAGCCCUUGACACUGAACAAAGGCCCCAGCUAUGGCUCUGACAGCACCUUCCGAGCCAGCCCGAAGGGCACCCUGUUGGAGUUCACCAAAGACAUGGACCAGCUUUUCCACUUUUCCAGGUUUAGCCAGAAUGGUUCCAGGGACGGAGAGAGAGAUGGGAUCAAGGAGAGGAAGAGGGUGAAACACCAAAAAGCAACUAAGCAAACUCUACAGGAGAGCUUCCUCUUGGACCUCAACUCCCCUGCUUCUUCCUCUCCCAUGGAAUUUAGACUGUCGACUGUCCCCUUCUUGGAAAGACAGGAGAAAGACUUCAGCCAACAGAGUUCUUUGAGAGAAGGGAGUAAGUCCUCAUCCCAGCCUAAACAAGACCAUGAAGAUCACUUGCUUUGUGGUCAACAGUCUCUUGGGCCUGACAGACAAGAUCCUUUCCCAAAGCUCAAUUCCCAGGAACAGGAUGUCGAGAGGAGACCAGUUUCCUUCUACACUCAAUUGUGCAACCCGUGGGUCUCCCUGUUUGGGGCCAUCGGGUCCCUUACCAUCAUGUUUGUGAUUCAGUGGAUCUAUACAUUGGUUGACAUAGGGGUUGCUGUUGUCCUCUAUUUCUACAUUGGCCAAGUAAGCCCCGGCCUUCAUCCUGGAGCUGCUGCCAAUCAUAGCCUUUUCAGAUGCAUAAAGUCCCUUCUGAUACCUUCGUUCAGGAGGCUCCAGUCCCCUCAGGAACAGAUUAUUUUGACACCAUCCCUGGCCAAGGUUGACAUGGAGAUGACUCAGCUCACCAAGGAGAACGCGGACUUUGCCUCUCGGGACCGGUACCACCAUUCCUCACUAGUAAGCAGGGAAGAGCUGAUAAAUCAGUUCUAG